UACCAAUCAUUCACCUGUCUUCCAUUGCCUCCUCCUCCUGCUCCUCGAUCUUUCUCUCUUACCCCCUUGCGGUCGCAGGAAGUGGAGAUGGAAGGGCCACCGACUCCGGCCAUAAAACCGAGAUUAGGCCAGUCGUCGUCAUCCUUCCGUCUCCGGAGCCCAAGCCUCAAUAGUCUUCGGCUCCGUCGAAUAUUUGACUUAUUCGAUAAGAAUGGCGAUGGCUUGAUCACAGUCGAAGAACUGUGCCAAGCUUUGGAUCUGCUGGGCCUGGAGGCAGAUAUGUCCGAGUUGGAGUCCAUUGUACAAUGCUACAUAAAACCGGGCAACAACGGACUCGAAUACAACGACUUCGAAGCGUUGCAUCAAUCGUUGGGUGACAUGUAUUUUGGUGUCAACGUAGGCGGGGAAGAAGGGCGCGAAGGAGAAGAGGAGAGGGCUGCAAGUGGUGCAACAACUACAACAACGGCGAGGGAAUUGCAAGAGGAGGCAGACUUGACGGAGGCGUUUAAGGUGUUCGAUGUGGAUGGAGAUGGGUUCAUAUCGGCGAUGGAAUUGCAAGUGGUUCUUGCCAAGCUAGGAUUUUCAGAAGGAAGUGAGAUUGGUAGAGUUGAGCAAAUGAUCUUCUCCGUUGACCGGAAUCAGGAUGGACGUGUUGACUUCUACGAAUUCAAGGAUAUGAUGCAAAAUGUUUUGGUUCGAACCUCUUGACCUUUCUCUUGCUGUUGCUUUUUUCCUUUAUUUUUUUUUUAUUUUAGUUUUCUUUUCUUUUCUUUUCUUUUCAUCUUCCUUCUCUUUUCUCUCGCUCAGACAGUCAGGAUCGCUGUAUUUUCUUUUGUAAUGACUUCAUGUCCUGGUUGGACAUGAAUGUUCGUUUUCUGUUUUCCCUUCCCCAUCUGUAUUUCAUCGAUGUUCUUUUGUUUUUCCCCUUUUCAUCGAUGUUCAUUUCUUUCUUUUCUUCUUUGUUUCUGUUUUUCCUUCCCCAUCUGUAUUUCAUUGAUGUUCUGGCAACUCGAAUAAAUUGAUCAGUCAAUAGAUGCAAAUAUAGCAAUAAGAUUGCACGGAUGUUAGAUUGCUAA